AGAAGGGAAUAAAAAAUAACUAUUACUCACCCAGGCUAUUCUGUUACUAGUAUUCUGUUACCGUCGGUCCCUUAUAGAGCCCGAUGAAAAUGAACAGGCAGCCCAGCCCAACUCCACGAGCACAUCGUCCCCCACCCCCAGUAACCUCUCCCGGCUACCUCCUAUCGCUGCCGCCCCCACCUUCUCAGUGGAUUUCGCCGGCGCCUCGCCCCCACCUACUCCGCUGCUCCCGCCGGCACCUCGCGCCCACCUACUCCGCGGCCCCCGCCGACGCCUCGCCCCCACCUUCUCCGCAGCUCCCGCCGGCGCCAGGCUCCCCAUGUGGCGGCUGCCUUCCUUCCGCCAACCGGCCACCUCCCGCUUCAGACAGUUCGGGCAUCGCCCCUCCGCCUCCUUCUGGCUGCCCUCGGCGACGCUCCAGCCGCCACUCCGCCUCAUCCCCGGUGGGAGGUCCUUCACCAAUCCGUCCAGCGGUCCAAACCCACCGCCCGAGGCCGUUCACCUUCGCAACACCCCUUUUCAGCAGCCAUCGUGAGAUGCCUAGGUGUUCAGUCCAGCUCCUGCAACCAACACGGGUCAUUGCCCUUUUUGCCACAACGGCAGCAGCACAAACACGAGCGUGGUCGUCCUCAAACCGGUUCCUCACGCGGCCUCCGCGCAAGCCCUGCUCAUCAGUUCAACAGGGGCGCGGGGUUCAGUUCGACGGUCACGAGCCAGGGUUUAUUUCUUUUCUUAUUUGUAUUGCUUGGUCGUCAGGUCGCAGCCUCUUCCUUCUGCAGGCCAUGCCCCAUCCCCCCAUUCCCGCAGCGACCAGGCCAUUCACUGCCAGUUCCACAGUCCGUUCACUGCCGACAGCCAAGGCCGUUCAACGACGUAGCGACGAGCUAAGGUGUUGUACUGCUCUAUUAUGUACAUCCGGGCAUGAUGCACAGAAUAAAACAUUAUGAGAUCCUUGGUUUACUUACAGGCAGGUCAUCAGUUCAAACCUAACACAGAAACUCCUUGCUUGGCAUUCGAGCUCUUAUUUUCCCAAGACUAGUACUGGUAAAUGUUAUUUCACUAUGUAUUCUUUCCUCAUUCCAUAGAGAAACAUGGGAAUAGUUCGAUCGUGUUGGAUAGAUAGUUCAAUUUUAUAUAUCAUAAGAAGAAAAGAACAUGUUUUGUAUAGGAGAAAAUCAAAAACAUUAUUAGCAACUCACUUUGUAUUCUACCAUCAGUUCUGUCUGUGUUAGAGAGAGGGUUCGGUGUCUCAUUGUUUUCACUUGCCCCCCAAAAAAUGUUAUGUUGCAGAUUAGGAACAUUGUAUUUACAUUUUUUUAAACAAAGAACUAAUCAGUUCAUAUAAGUUCAAAAAGACAAAGCGUCGAAAGUUCAAUUGAAAGCUCUCACCAGCGUCGUGACCUCCCCCAGCCAGCCCCCAUGGCUUGCCUCGAUGGUGCCCCCAAGCCGUUCUAGAACCACCAUGAUGAAUAGAAAUCCAUCCAACUAUUUACUUAUGCCCUCAUGAUCAUUUUAUUGUAUAAAUGUGCCUUUUCUGUUGGACUCUCCUUAUUUGCUUGUCAAAAUUUAGUUUUAGUCCACUACAAUUUCCAUGAGUGGAUUUAAAAACCAACAAAUGCACAGAUUAAAAAUGCAUACAACAACUACAAAAUAUCAAUUUAGUUCGGUCCAAAUUGUAAUUUUAGUUCAGUCCAAUUCCUAGUUUUACUUCAGUACAAAUUCCAAUUUUAGUUUAAUUCAAUUCUUGUUUUUUACCUCUAUUCAAUUUUACUUCAAUUCAAUUCAAUUUUUAGUUUAGUUAACUUCAAUUCUUAUUUUUUGUUUACUUGGACAAGAAGUUCAAUAUUAAAUGCCCAGAUAGUGCCUGGAAAAAGUGAAGAUAGGUUUGUAGUGAUGUUUAUGAUAGACUGGUAGUUGAAAGAUUUAGAGGUAAAAAAUAUUUUCUUGCAAUCUGCUGAAUGUUUCAAUUUGUUGCGUGCGAAUUUUGUUAUAGCAAAAAACUGAAUGGUGGGUAAGAUGACUAGUUAUGGCAAAAACAGUGAAACAAAGUUUUUUUAAAUCUCGGGUUAAUACAUGAACAUGGUCAUCUUUUUACAUGUACUUACAUCAGCUCGUCAGAGCUGUUCGUGUACUUGUAACACAAUCAACUCAGAUUUUGAGAUACUAUAAGUUCAGAGAAAAAAAAGGAGGCCGUUCACCCUUACAACCUCAAGUCGUUGACCUCCGCCGAACGAGGCCGUGCGACGACGCAACGAUCAGGCCAUCCACCUCUGCCACAGGAGGCCGUUCGAUGAUGCAGCGCUCAGGACGUUGUGUUUUUUUCAGUACAUGUUUUGUGUGUUUUCAAGUUCACCUACUUAACGAUAUUAUGUCCAAUUUCCCCUUUGUUUACAUGUUGUUCCUAUAGUACAAUAGGUGUUUCUGUUAUGCCUUAAUAAGCACUUAAGAAAACCUUGUAUGGAUCGAAACUACCAUAUGCUCUAUUCUAUUCUUGUAAAUGAAGCUCCACUUCUGUUUUGUUUGAAGUUACUUGGCAUAAAAAUUAGUAUAUGUUUUAUUGUAAAAACAUAUAUAAAAUGUCUUGAUGAAUGCUAGCAGAAAUCUGAAAAUAAACUCAGCACAGUUCCUAUAUUUUAUUCAAGUUCGAAGCUAAACAUUUCUAACAAGUUAUCGCUCCUUGCAGGAUACACACUAUUCAUCGCAUUUGUCAUCGAGCGAUUGCACCCCUAUCUUCAGAAGCUCAUCACCAUGAGGAAAUCAUUCAACACCUCCCAGAGAGGAGGUUGAAAAAUUCCAAAUGGAGUUCAAACAUGAAUUUGAGAAAAUGAUUCCCCGGCUAAGUUCGAAAAAUGUCAUUCUGUGAAGUUCGGCUAUUCAGCCAAUGGUGGAGUUGCAAUUUUGUUUCUUAUGUACAUACAUGAAUUGAAUGUAAUCAACGAAAAGAAACAUAUGUUGAUUCUCCAAGUUAGAGUUCAUUUUUAUUUUCUUACAAAGUAGCAAAACUUCCUUUGUGGGUGAGUAUAGCUUAUGUGCGAUCUUGUGUUCACUAAUCUUGUAGUAUUGUUUUUACAGGGAUCUUUCUAGUACUUUGUAAAGAAAGCGUGAUCCAUUUGUAAAAAUAUGGCAAAAGACAUCCUUCACUCUUGCAGUCUUUUGCUAAAAAAUGUUUUAAGUUCAA